GGCGCGAAUGAAUGGUCCAGCUUCUGUCGUGUGAAUGACGUGAAUGUAGUUUUUCUGUCAGGAAUGAGUGUGAGGAGGAUAACUCGACUGUUCUCGAGUAAACUCAUGAGCAGAAGCGAUCAAAUAAAGAGCGUGUCGAUCGAAGGAAACAUCGCGGUCGGGAAGUCCACAUUCGCGCGGCUGCUGCAGAGAGCGGAGCAGGACUGGGAGGUGAUCGCUGAACCCGUCAGUAAAUGGCAGAAUGUGGACCAAACCAACCAGACAGAGCAUCAUCCUCAGCAGUCCAGCAGUAACCUGUUACAGAUGAUGUAUCAUGACCCCAAGCGCUGGUCCUACACGUUCCAGACCUUCUCCUGCAUGAGCCGCAUGCGCACACAGCUGCAGCCACUUCCUGUCCGAGCGUCCGGAGCGGUGCGGGUGUACGAGCGCUCCGUCUACAGCGACCGGUACAUCUUCGCUCUGAACAUGUUUGAGCUGGGCUGUAUGAACUCCACCGAGUGGGCCGUGUAUCAGGACUGGCACUCCUUCCUCGUGGAGCAGUUCGGCCGCCGGAUUCAGCUGGAUGGCAUCAUAUAUCUGCGAGCGUCUCCACAGACGUGUAUGGAGAGGUUAGGCAGACGAGGCCGAGUGGAGGAACAGGGAAUUCAGCUCGACUACCUGGAGAAGCUGCACACGCGACAUGAAGACUGGCUCGUCGACAGGAAGACCAGGGUUCAUUUUGAGCACCUGGAGACGGUGCCGGUGUUGGUUCUGGAUGCUGAAGUGGAGUUUGAGAAGGACCCGAAAGUGCAGGACAAUCUCCUAACAAAGGUUAGACAUUUUUUCAGUGCAUUAUAAACUGCAUCGUGGGACCGAAGCGCAAGGAUUGUUUUGUAUGGACGUUUCUGUAGGACCGGAUCUCGGAUCAGGAGUGUCGGACCAAACCACAGAUCUGAAUCUGAAGUUUUCUCAGCGUUCAGUGGAGAUGAAAGACAAUUCACUGCAGCAAUAUGUUUCAAAAACUGCACCGUGACACGUAUAAACUAUAAAUGUUAUGUUUUAUAACAUUCACUUUAAGAUCUGACUGACAAGUGGGUGAUUUCUUGUUAUAUUGUUUUUUAUCCUUAACUUAUUCCAAUAAACCUGCACACCUAAACAUGAA